GUAACUCAAUCUCAUUUGCCAAGAAUCGGUCCACGUUUUGCAUCAAUUGGAGGUGGCUAUGAGGCUCUAUUAACACCACCAACAAAGCAAUCGAAUUUGAUACUUCCUGAAGAACAAAGAAGAUGCAGUUCGGUAACAUGUAGCAGCACUGGGAGUAGUUAUCUCGAGAGAAGAGGAUCUGUGAUGCCAGUACCAUGUUUGCCGCUUCAUUCUACGUUUUCAACUAAAUACACUAUCCAUGAUGAACCCUGGGAUCUUUAUUAUCCCAUUGAUAUUCAAGUAAUUCAACCAACCCCAGAACUUUCUCCAUGCACAAGUGAAGCAGGUCUUUAUGCGAAAGACGUGAUGAUCACAGGAACUAACGGUAAAAGAGCACCAUUGGCUUCCAUGGGCAGUGUUGAUCCUCCGGAAGCAGAUUCGAGGUUACCGAUAUAUCUAUAUAGAAUAUAUAAUUUUGGGUAAAAUUUUAAAAGAUCU